UCGGGACAUUAGCUUCUGUCAGUCAGCAGGGCUAGGCUAUAGCCGUGCGAAUCCCGUGUAUAACGUCGGCUCGGCACUUUUGGCAGCCAGCGCUGCUGCUCUGGAGAGUAAUACACGGCGGCGGCGACUGCGAAUUCGUCGAUAUUUAAGUACGUAUAACACCACUGCGGAUUCUGUGCAUGUGUGCGGCCGCGAUAUCAUGCAGCAGCAGCAGCAGAAUUCGCGAGACGCCGCCGCCGCCGCCGCUGGACGAGUCUCCAGCUCCGGGUCGCUCUGCUUUUUACUCUGUCUGCAGCCUGCAGCGCGCGGAUGAUCGCAAGCAUGAAGUCCGAGUUUCUGCUCCACAGCUAAGCAUCCACUUUCCAAGUCUUCAUGUCGAAGCUAAGGGACCUGAGCAUUUGCCAUUGGGCAGAAAAUAAUUAUGAUUGAAAAUUAGGGUUUCUUUCAAAACUUUCUGGACCCAAAUUAACAAUCAUGAAGUCAAUCAAAUGUUUGGCAGUACUGGCUACUGCUUUUUUCUAUCUGCUCUAUUUAUCGGCUGCAAAUGCUACGAUUAUGUGUGCUCAAAGAGAUAGUCAUCUUAUGUUAAGGGCGGCAUCUAUCAUGAAUAAUACAAAUAUGGCAAAACUUCUAACUGCUUCUUAUUCUGAUCGUACUGGUAUUUUGUCAAUCGUGUCAUGUGAAAAAUAUUGCUAUGCUGCGUGGCUAGAGGAAAAAACUGAUAAGGGUCCAGCUAUGAAAUUUUUUAUCCAAGGGUGCUGGUUGACUGAGGGUAAAGCUGACUACCUAAAUUGCAAAUCUGAUGAGUGUAUGGGUGUCUGGAAAUGGAAUCUAAAACAAUGCUGUUGCAAUGAAACAAACUGCAAUAUUAAUGUCACUGAUCCAAUGGAAAACAAAAUGAUUAUACCUAGCACUUUAAGUAAGGUUGAUGUGGUUUUUAUGAGUCUUGAUCCAGAACCAAUGAACAACAAUACACCAAAAAACCUUGAUAUUAUAUUAUCAUGGACACUUUCAAUAGCUAUCUUAUUAAUUUUUGUAGUGGGUUAUGCAGUGGCACGCUAUUGUAAAAAAAGGAGAGCCGUAAAGAUCGAUGAAGAAACUAGUGAAGAAAAUGGCCAAGAAAAUAGUGAAGUAGAACUUGAUCCAAAAAAUAAUAUUUAUGCAUUUGAUAAUAUGAAAUUUGUAGAAGUAGUUGGAAGAGGUAAAUAUGGUUCAGUUUAUUUAGCAAAGGUAGGGGUUGAAGAACUUGCUGUAAAAAUUUUUCCUGUGUGUCAUGAAGACUUCUUUAAAAGUGAGCAUGAAACAUACUGUUUACCUUUGAUGGAGCAUCCUUCGUUACUAAAAUAUCUAGGUUGGAACAAACGAUAUAAUUUAGAUGGCAAACUAGAAUAUUUAUUGAUGUUGUCAUAUGCCCCAGGUGGUUCAUUAGCUGAGUUUUUAAUGGCUAAUACUUUUGAUAUGUCAAUAUUUAUAAAAAUGGCCCGUUCAAUUGUAAAAGGCUUAUCUUAUUUACACAUGGAGAAACGUGUUGGAGAUAAAAUAAAACCUGCAAUUGUACACAGAGAUUUGAAUCCUCGGAACAUUUUAAUUAAAGGUGAUGGCAGCUGCUGCAUUUGCAAUCUUGGACAUGCACUUCGGGUGGCUGGAUCCAAAGUCUAUCAGACAGGUGAAACGCAGCCCAAAAUGGUUACUGACUUAUGUCCCAUCGACGCCGAAGGCCACUGGUCAAUACAAUAUAUGGCUCCAGAGAUGCUCGAUGGUAACUUAACUUAUAAUGUUGAAACUGCUCUAAAACAAGUCGACGUUUAUGCAUUAGGCGUAAUAUUAUGGGAGCUGCUGUCUCGCUGCAUUGAUAAUUAUGAGUUUGGAACUGAAAUCCCAUGUUACAAACUGCCUUUUGGGAAAGAACUCGAAUACGAUUUUACUUGGGAAAAAGUGAAGACCCUAGUUUUCCGAGAAAAAUGUCGACCGCUCUUUGAAGGUAAACUAUCAAAAGAUCCUGAUCUAAAGCUCCUAAGAGAUACCAUUGAAGACUGCUGGGAUUCUGAUCCUGAAGCCAGACUAACGACGUUAUGUGUCGAAGAGAGAAUGACAGUUGUGGAAAAUAAACAUGAACAAAGGAAGUCGAACCCGGCUGGCCCAUCAAGACAAUAUGACGAGCCAAUGCCAUCCACAAGCAAUAACUUACGAGGCGAUCAGAACAGAGAGGAUUGUGCACUUAUUGAGCCAGGUUGUGUUGUUCGAUAUAAAGGAGUACCCUCUUUCUCAGCAAAAAAUUCCAAUGAGCAAGCCUCAAUGCAGCCUUUGAUACAACCUCACCAAGGUAGAAAUCCCUGUCUAGAAAGAAAUCUUUUACCAACUUCAAAUUCGUAUGAAGAACUCGAUUUUCAUGGUAACAUGUUAAUCUAUCGUUCAACGAAGCUCAUGACACAGGAGCGCAAGUUAUUGAUACCGCAACAGCCUCAAAGUAUCAACGAGACUCAGAGCUUUCUCCCUCACGAUUAUUUGGCGCAGCAGCAAAUGCAUCAUCAACAAUUAAGUUUAAGACCUAUCACUCCGAUCCCUUAUGUACAGAAUGUUAUAUCGGAUUCGAGUGGUAGCAGUACUACCACUACUUACAACAAGCUGAAAGAAACCAAUAUCCAUGAUUCACGCAAUCAUCAUCGUUACACGUCCUUGUCGUCGGCAGCUAGUCCUAAACGUCGCAGUCGCUUUGCUGGCUGGACGCAAUUAAAGAAAUUAUUGUCAUCUAAACGUUCAAACUACAAUCAGUCAUAUUCAACAUCGCAAUCGGCCUAUACGCGUUGCCACAACAUCGAACGAGAAGAUUCAAAGUCAAAUUUACUCAACAGGAAUCAUAGUCUGCCAAUAUCCAAUCUCGAUAUAGAAGAAGCUAGAAUUACUGGCGAUAUUGGUGAUACAGUCGUAGAAUUGGAAGUUCGAGACGCUAGUCUCGAGAGAGCCUUAGUCAAUAAUGACAAUGUUACUGUGCCAAGAAUGAAAGAUAAAAAAGCUAUAAGCAGUCAAACAACGAGAUUUUCACUUAUUAAUGAUAGAAUUAUGUGUAAUGUAGUGGACGAGGUAGGCAACACUAGUGACUCACUAACAGUCACUAAUGUUAACUCAAACUCAGUGCCAUUUGGUAUAGACAAUAGUGAAAAAAAUGAGAAAAAAUUCGACAACUCUAAAAACAUAACUUGCUUUUAAAUAUCUUAUUGUAUGUUUGAGCUGAAACAGGUUUUAAUUUUAGGUAUUUAUUAUUAAUACUAGAACCAGUUAUACGUUUUUCAUUUUGAAACAAAGUGUAAAAAAGACCAAAGAAAUUUUUCAUAUACUCAAAAUUACAUCAGUUAGUAAAAUGUGUUAUUAUCUUCGCUAGCAUUAGUCACUGCGAGUAAUUUUACGAAUCGUAAAGUUGAAAAUUUUGCUUUUCAAAAGCAAUUGGUUUUUAUAAGUAUAUUCAUGUAUUAUAUAUAAAAAAACUUAUAUAUACAUGCAUGUGUUUUAUACAGAGAUAUUUCAUGUAAGUUUUGUGUACAACAGUACUGAAAGUGAUUUAUUGAAUAUUAUACAUAAAUAUGUGAAUACAAACUAUAUCACGUUUUAUACUUGAUAAAAAACUAAAUUUUAAUAUUCAAUAAUAGUAUAUACAUGACUGUAUAGUUGUUUAAAGAACUAAAAAUCGAUGCAACUUGUUUGUGAAACGACGAAUCUGUGAUUUUUUUGAUACUUUUAUUUAGGGUUUUAUAAAAUUGACUGCAUGUACAGUGAAAAUUCAUUCAAAUCAU